AUGACCGACAAUCCUGAGCCCAAGGGCAAAGGCAUUAGCUCUCGCUUUUUGAACAUUUUGCGUCGUUCUACUUGCUCUACUUCUGAUUCAACUGGUAUACACAAACACGACAUUGCUUCUGAAUACCCGACUGUUAGAAAAGUUAUCAAAAAACCCAAAAACAGCAACUCAAACAACUCUAUAUCUAUUUACGCCUCAGACGACUCCGAUAAAAAACCCAGAAAAAUAGCCAAUAUCCCUAAUCGUAAGCCUUUAUACAAAAACCUAUUCUCUGCCAUCCCUAGUGGAGGCACGCAAGAGGCAGUCGCCAGCGCGCUAGCCGAAACUCUAUGGGGCCCCGAAAAUCUCGGGAGCGCUCCGGGACUCGCUUUUGUCGGCGAGCAUUCUGGAGCGCUUGUUCCUCUCGUCGCAAGCCCGCCGAGAAGCCCUGUCGUCGCAAACGCCGGCAUCACACUGGUUAUCAGUUCCUCACAAGAAUCUGAACAGGAGCACCGAGAUGAAACGGAGGCCAUUUCUAGGCCUGGAUCCACUACCCCCACCCGAAACCGCACGAGACCCACCGAGAGACAAGUCACUGCCAUGGCAGACUGGGUUUUCAGCAGCCAAGAGCUGUACUGGUUCAAACGCCUCAAGGCUGGAGGCUACCCCGACAACGAAGCCCUCGAGCGAUGUAUCAAGUACUAUACUAUUACUAACAAAGCCAUCGCCAACAUCAUCGAAAACAGACAACUAUACGACGAUACCGAGGAAGAGACGAGCAGUACCAACGCAUUCAUCCAAAAAAUCGAAAAACUUGGCAAUCAAAUCACCACAAUCGCCGAAAACGCGUUAUACAACUGCACGCAAGCAGCACCCAGCCGCCCAGAAUCACCGAUGAAACAAGACGAAGAGGAAGAGGAAGACACAUACAUGAACAAACCCGAGCACGGCCCAUACCAACCCAACCCCUUAACCAUCGAAAUUACCUGGGGGGCCAACGCAAAACCAGGCGAGAGGAUAAGCGACCCAAACCCACCACCAGCACUGGCACUUGCGCCCACCACCGACCCUACUCAAACCAUGCUCCAGGCGAUCUUAUCCAAGAUGGGGCAGCUGGACAAUAUCAAGUCUCGCCUAGACAAGCUCGAAGGCAAAUCGCCGCAGGUACACACUGCACAAACGAGUACGCCUAGACCCAGACCCACACCAAACUCCAAUCCCGCCGCAACCGCAAACCCCUCACAAACGCGCCCCAGCUUUGCCAAUGUCACGGCCAGGGCGCCAGCCAAAGCCCCGGAGGUCGGGGCCUCUAACAUUGCCGCUGCUAUCAAGAGGGGCAUUGCCAAACCGGCGCCCGCACAGAGCAACAACAAAUUUUUUGUUGUUCGCUUCAAGACACUAUCUGUUACCCAACCAAACCCCCAAAGCAUAUUCGUGGCCAUGCGCGAAUGCCUUGAUGCCGCAAAUCGCAACCUCGGCAAGGGCCACCAUUCAGUGAUGUUGGAUUGUAACUUUGCUGUGGCUGCCGGGCUUGCUGCCUCGCAAGAGGGGCCCAUCCCAUAUAUCCCCACACCCGGCACCCCCUUCCCCUAUCAAAUUGAUCCCCUUGCCGCGCGCACGUUUAGUCUCGCAUUUCAGUGCGUAGUCAAUAUUGGAGUACGCGGCUCAGAACAUAUCCGACGUCGCGUUGUCCAGGCUGGUGCCCUCGGAGUCGUUAGUUGCAUCCUCGCCGUCUGGCUCAAGGGCAAAGGAUUUGCACUUGGCCCAUCGGCCACCGGUUCCGGUGCUCCUCGAGAGUGCCGUGCAGUCCGCGUGCGCAGGCGAGAAGAAGCCCUCGAACGCCAGCGCGCCCUCGAUCUUCCCCGCGCCCUCGAGCACGCAACCUCAUCUGACAACCUGCGGGCGCGUGCGAUUGCACAACCACAACCUCGCAUCGCCACCACCACUGCUCCCCCUCCGGCCCUCCCCCCUGUACGAUCCAGUACAUACCCCAAGCCCAGUUUGGAAGAAGCCGACGAGGAAAUGAGCGGUGCAAGCAAUAUGGGCCCCUCACCAACUCCUCCACCUCCCGCUAUCGGACGAAGCAUGUCCAAUGAUUCGGAUGGAGGUUAUGUGGGAGUCCCAUCGCUCCCCGCACCAAGCGGUCCUUCGGGUGCGUUUGCAGUCUCUAGCGGCUCCCAUGCGCGCUCAUUCGAUAUCCGCACUGCAUCUCCCAUCCCCAUUGCCUCCACCUCUCCCGUUAUGGGCCGUUCCAUCUCACCCAACACGGCCCAAUCAUCCGACGCCUCGGCCAAUGCCACCCCUGUUGGCUCGGGCACGCCUACUGGUAGUGUAGUCGUACCUGGGCGCGAUUGCAGCGGGACCGUCGUCGGGAGGCCCAUCUGGGAUAAUGAAGGCGGGCCGAGGCCAACUUGGUCCGAUGCGGACGAAACACCCACGCGAGAGGUUACAACCACGGGCAGACGAGGGACGAUAACGCGCAGGCCUCGUCGAGAACGAGAUACGGAUGGGGAUGACACCGAAGCUGAUGGGGACGACCAAACGGCUCAGCAAGGCGAGCGCCGUACGAUUGGCAUUGUCGACGCUGCGGAUGGAGACGAUGCAAUGGCGAUGGAUAUGAUGGGCGUUGGUGUCGGCGUUGGUGUCGUCGCACUCGAACAAAAUGACGACUUGGCGAUGGGUGCUCCGCCCGGGGCUCCAGGUACCAUCGGAACUCCAAGGGCUCGGGUCGCUCCUGGUACGGAGCUUACGCCCCGAGCGGGCAUUGCCACCCUUGGUGCUCAGAUAGAGCAAACCGCGCAAGAAACUCCCUUUUACGAAACUCCUGCGACCCUCCGUGCGCUCGUCGACGCGAGUAACGAGCCCAAACCUUCGGCCCAACCGCUCUCCAGUACUGCCCAGUCGCCCAAUGUUUUCUCCCUGGUCGAGCAAUUCACUUUCCGUCCCUCCCCCUCCGAAACCACUCUCCCCCGGCUCCCCCACGAAAUACAAAACUGGGCCGGCGUAAUCAUGCGCAACGGAUGCCGAAAAGACGACCAGCGGGGCGGAAUUCGACAGUGCUUCAACAUGUUAUGUGGGCGAUUGGAAGAGUUCCCUCGAGAGCCAAGUACUGCGGCAAAGAGUGCCAGAGCAAGGCCUGGGCAGAAGGACAUCGAUUCUGGUGUAGAAGAGGACUCCCAGACCGUGGUUGCUCGUACGGGUUCUUCCGCCAACACCGUUCCCCCCGCCGCCGUCGCAACCGAAGUCGAGGUCCCAACCCGACGCGGCCUUGCCAACACUGUCACAUGUGCAUUGGUCAAUAUCGCAGGCGGGAUGACAGGAAGAACGAACACCACGGUGCAGCAACCGCAAGCACAGCCAGUGCCUACAAACUCGCCGACAGUCGGGCCAGGUGCGGGGUUUAGGUUCGGUGCAGCGGCGGCAGAACACACACAAGGGGGUGGGCCGACGCGGGCGCAAGGGUUAACUGGUGGGGUUCAGGCACGACCAGGGAAUUUCCAGGCGCAGCUACUGAGGUACGCUAGGAUGGCCACAGCUGCCAGAGGUGUUCGGCCGCUGGCCCUGCCUGCGCGAGCAGCGAAUCCACCCUCAGCAAGUUGGGCUGGUCCACCGCGAGGAGGAGUUGCGUUCUUCAAUGAACCUGCGCAGGCGGCCGAUGCAGGCCCGUCUCGACGAACUCGAGGACCAGAGACAGCUCGGCGAAGUAGUGGGACAAUGCCCAGUCAAGGGGUUGGCUCGAACCAGGGCGCGGAGCCAAACGACCCGUGGAACGUUGUCCCCGUACAGCAAGUCUCGCCCGUUCCAAGCGCCCCUCAUACGACACCUCAGCACGCAAAUCGACCAUUGGACGGAGAUGGGGACGAUGACAUGGUUCUCGGGUGA